ACAGUCAGACGGGAUUGCUAACAGUUAAGAAGUUCACGAUGUCAGGUGUCGAGGAUAUUUCAACUGAAUCUGUAGACAUUAAAGAGGAUAAGGAGUUUGAUGUAGAGGCUGAAGAUCACCUCGGGGGUGAUUAUUUUGUUGACCCGACUCGGUAUUUAUUUUACAGAGACAGAAAGGAGUGGGCUGACCUGGAGCCUGUUCCUCAGGAUGAUGGACCAAAUCCUGUAGUGAAGAUCGCCUACUCUGAAAAGUUCUCAGAUGUUUAUGACUAUUUCCGUGCACUCCUGAAGAAUGAUGAAAGGAGCGAGCGGGCUUUCGCCUUGACAGCAGACGCCAUCGAGCUGAAUGCUGCCAAUUACACAGUUUGGCACUAUAGGCGAGUGCUACUGCAAGCCCUAUCAAAGGAUCUGAGGGAGGAGAUGAGGUACAUUACUGCCAUCAUCGAGGAGCAACCCAAAAACUACCAAGUCUGGCAUCACAGACGUAUGGUGGUAGAGUGGCUAAAUGACCCCUCGGAGGAACUGGAGUUCAUUGCAGACAUUCUCAGCCAAGAUGCAAAGAACUACCACGCCUGGCAGCACAGACAGUGGGUCAUCCAGGAGUACAAACUAUGGGACAAUGAGCUGGAGUUUGUGGAGAAUCUCUUGGAAGACGAUGUGAGGAAUAACUCUGCGUGGAACCAGAGGCAUUUUGUAAUUUCUCACACUACAGGCUUCUCUGAUCCUGCCAUAGUGGAGAGAGAGAUUCAGUAUUGUCUGAACCAGAUCAGGAAAGCUCCCCACAAUGAAAGUGCAUGGAACUAUUUGAAAGGGAUGCUGCAAGACAGGGGUCUGUCAUCUCAGCCAGGCCUGCUGGAGAGGGUCCUGGAGCUGAAGGAGACUCACUGUUCACCUUAUCUUCUAGCAUUUCUCUUUGAUUGCUAUGAGGAUGCUUUGGAGAACAGUAACCAAAAAGAAAAUGUGGGGGAAGAGGAACGAAUGGAAACUUUAAGAAAGGCUCUAGAAAUUUGUGAACUUCUGGCGCAGGAGAAGGACACCAUCCGUAAAGAGUACUGGCUGUUUUUGGGACGUUCUUUAAAGAGCAAAUCUGGAAGCAAUGGCCCCUCUGAUGAGCCUCCUGAACCAUUAGUCCCAGCAUCUGGGCAGCAGGAGAUGAGCUAGACAACUACCAGGAGAGUUGCACCAUUUCCACUCCUACCCUGCUUCAUCAAUACUGUUGGCCAACACAUUCAGUUUGAUAUUACUGUAAACUACUCUAAUGUAUAUGACUGCAGAAGUUUCUUCAAAUAACCACUAACAUGAGCUCACCUAAGGGACUGAGGUGAAAUCGAACAGGUACAUGGCAAAAAAAUACAUGUAAAUCCCCCUCUUACUAAAGUGUAAUAACAUUUGUAUCAGAAACGCAAUGCUUUGUUUGGAACAUAGUGGAUCACCUGCAGGGUCCAAAGUUAGCACCCACCUCUCGUCAAGUGCCAAUAAAAAUCUACGUUCGUGAAUACAAUAAAUGAGGUCAGCCACCACUGGCAGGUGGCUCAAAUAGGCCUCCAGCUCCCAUCAUGACAACACUGAAGUCGACUGACCACAUUUGUUUUGCAUGGACUCUGCACGCUGAUUGCAGCCUAAAACCUAUGACCAUCAGUAAUUGUAGGCUAAAAGGAAAGAUGAAGAGCGUGGAGGAAGUAUGUUUAAAAGAAAAGCUAAAGAGAAGUGAUGCUUCACACAAUGAAGUAUACAGACAAUGACGAGCAGUGUUUGCCACGGUUUAUUUUUAAUUCUUAAUGCCAUUGUAUCAGACAGACAGAGAAAUUAAUUUUGGACCUUGAUUACAUGGCAAUUAUUUGGCACGUUUUCUCUCACCCAUAAGAACUAACCUACACAAUCCGCUGCGUCACACAUCUGGAAAUUAUGGGAGGCCAGUUUAGCAGUUUAGCAGUCUACCACCAUUAGAUUUAUUAGAGUGGCUGCUCUCUCUUUGAAUCUGAAUGUAUCAGUCUGAAUGCCAUGAGUACCAAUACACCUCUGCGAGUGUGUUUGCAUGCACACGUAAUUCAAUUUAAUGUCCUUUGAGUGAUGGCAGGUACAUCUUCAGUUAGUGUCUUGUAAGAGGAAAAAAAAACUGUACUGGCAGGAGCAUUUAGACAUGUUUGUUAUGUUAUUAGUUUUGUGGUAAGACAGAAGUUUACUCGUUAGUGAGUUCAUUCUGAAAGACUUUAAAUGGAGUAUUGUGUGCAUGUAAACCCACCCUUCAUAUACAUCCUGUAAUGUUUCCUGAUCGUUUGGUGAUGUCAGUCAGAGAAUUCAUGUAUUUGUGUUGUAAUUGAGGGGAAGUAUGAGUCACGAUAAUAAAACUGUUU